UGCCCUUCUCCUCUCUUCUCCCCCUCCGCAUCAUAGCCCUCGACGUUGUGUAGGACUUUCUCUUUCUCUCCGUCUCGUUGUUCCUCUAGAAACUAGAUUCCUUCGACUUCGACUACAUCUAGCGAUGGCGGCAUGGACGGCAGCUGCUCGUCAAGCCGCGUCUCUGAAUCGGAUUUCUACGCCAACUUCUGCGGUUCAAGCUGCUAAGCUAAUCCAGCGGCGUGGUCUUGCAGGUGGUGGAGAUCAUCAUGGACCUCCAAAGGUGAACUUCUGGCAGGACCCAAUGAACCCAUCUAAAUGGAAAGAAGAGCAUUUUGUGAUCGUCUCUUUAUCUGGAUGGGGUUUGCUUUUCUAUGGAGGUUACAAGUUCUUUACUGGAGGCAAGAAAGACAAGAAAGAGGAGAAAACCGUAGAAGCAUCACAUUAGACUUGAUGGGAACUUCAUUUUGUCCUCUCCCGAAGCACCUGAGAAUAAAGUAUUUGUGAGAACUUUGCCAUGUUUAGAAGAAUGAUAUUUUUCAUAUCUUUUUUUUUUUUUUUUCAAACGAGCCACUUUAUCUGUACAUGACUUUCAUGAGUUUCUGUGAUAAAAUGCCGAGAACCUUUUCUUUGCAUC